AUGUUCCUAUUAUCCCUAGCAGCCUACGUCUCGUCCGCGCCUAUUGCGCCUGCAGCGUCUGUUGCACCAUCUACGUCCGUACUAGAUGUUGCGUCUGCUACGGACGAAGACCAAAGAGUAGGUUGGACAUCGAACCCUACUGGCCGCGGAACCUCGAAAAUUAUUACCAGCUGCACCUUCACUCUAGCACUCUGCAUAUGGACUGCAAUCCACCCCGAUCUCGUCAGGAAGACGAAGCCGAAGAAGACCACCGGGAACGACAACACAGAUUCCAGCGGGAGCAAACCAGUUACAAGUUCACCAGCGGCCGCUGGAGCCCCUCCACCUGUGGACGGCGACGGGAUUUCAUGGAUAGGGACUCAAAGGUCUGGGCGCGACACUUCUCCAGUUCCACACCCCGAAAACGACGCCGACACUACCCCACAAAGCCAAACAAGUAGCCCGGCCAAUGCUACAACUACGGGCAUGGACAAGUGA